CAGCCUCGGUCCCUCAGCGCAGACCGCAGAUCUAGAUCUGCUCCUUUCCCCACUCGCGCUCAGGCUCGGUCCCAAGAUCGGAUCUUCCGCGCGUCGGCGGCUCCCUCUCGGCGGCGUCCAGCGACGGAGGGGCAGUCCCAGGCUCGGCGGCAGCGUCGGCGGCUCCCCCCACCUUCUCUCGCCAGUCGCCUCGCGCCCUCGCCUGCGUCCUCCGCGCACCGGCCGACGACCCUGCGGUUGGAAAGAUGGCAGAUAACCUAACAGGUGAUUGCUCAACAAGCUCAAAGAAAAGGAAAAAAGCUUGCAAAAGUAGAGGAGAGCCAAGAAAAUUGCAUGUGGAUAACAUUUUUGAAGAGGAGUUUGGCAGCUUGAAGAACUCUUGUCAAGGAGCAUGGAGUGAACUGAGUAAAGUAGUAGUGUCAAACUUAUCUCAAAGUGUUGUCUCGCUGGCUUCAUUCGAUGGGGAUAUGAUGCAUUCUGCAUGCACAGGCAUAGUUAUCAAAAAUGAUUUAUGUGGCACAAGUUUCCUGACUUCGGCUAGCCUGGUUAGAUCUUUUGAUGAUGGAAGCAAGAUCAUGCCAUUAUUGUCUAUUCAAGCGCACCUUCCAAAAAAACAAGUUGCCCAUGGGUGGUUAUACAAGUAUGACUUGCAAUACAAUAUUGCUGUUAUUGAAACCAGGUUCUUCCCUGGUCUUCGAGCAAUAAAUCUUGAGCAUCAGCUGCAAUUUGAGUCUCACAGUAAGGUAGUUGCUGUGGGGCGCUGCUUCAAGUCAGGCAAAUUAAUGGCCACAAGUGGGGUUCUGACUGACGAUCCAAGCGGAGUUUAUCGGAAAGAACUCAUGGUCUCCACAUGUGAAAUCACCAUGAUUGGGGUUGGAGGGCCUCUUAUUGAUUUGGAUGGGAAUUAUGUUGGCAUGAACUUUUAUGCGAAGAAAAGGACGCCAUUCCUGCCAAGGAGUACUAUUGCCGAAUUAUUGGGUAAUUUCAAGAUAUACCGGGGUGAGCUUAAGAAAGUUGAUAGCACAACUGGAAGGAGCACAAAAAAGAUACAAGAAACUCCUGCAACCUCCAAGUCCUAUUUGGAAGGUGGAUGUUCAGACUCUUUUGAGCUAGGUAACUCCAGCAGGGAAGAUGAGAAUGAGCAGGAGUCGUCUUCUUCUAGUUAUUCAGAAGAAAACCCAAUUGAGAAUGAUCCAUUUUUUCCCGAGCUGGCCUCCCCUUUCUUGCCAGUUGCUGAUGGAGAUGAAUUUGGGAAAUUUUUAAUCAAGAAACUAACGUCUCAAGGUUAUCCUUUGCCAGCUGUCCUUGAUGGAGGCAUGCGUUUGGUUAAUACUUUUGAAAAUGAAUUUCCUGAUGAUAUCUGGAGUAAACUCACCAAAAAAGUUGCUGCAAACAUGUCUCGUAUUGUUGUCUCUCUUGCUUCAUUCAAUGGAGAAGAACGGAUUUUUGCUUGCACAGGAAUAUUUGUAGGCAAUCAAUCUGACACAAGGAUCCUGACUUCAGCAAGUUUGGUUAGAAUUUCUGAUGAUGAAAACAAGAUUAAUGAUAACUUGAAGAUUGUUGUACACCUUCCAAACAAACAACAAACUGUAGGGACAUUGCAACAUUAUCAUCUGCAUUACAAUGUUGCUAUUGUCAGCAUCAAAGGUUUCCGUUGUCUUCGUACAGAAGAAUUUCAUGAUCCAGGGCAAAUUAAGCGUAAGGAGGUAUUAUCUGUAGGACGUAUCUUCAAGUCAGGCAAAUUAAUGGCCACAGGUGGGAUAUUGAUUGACAAACCCAGCAAACUUGACUGCAAAGAACUUAUGGUCUCAACGUGUAGAAUCAGUAAGGCGGGGAUUGGAGGACCCCUGAUUGAUUGUGAUGGGAAUUUCAUUGGUAUGAACUUCUACGGUAGGAAAGAGACUCCGUAUUUACCAAGGGAUACAAUUAUGAAAUUAUUGAACUAUUUUGAUGGAAAAGGGGACGUCUCUCCUGAGAUUAUGGACAACCAAAACAGAAACAGUGACUUGUUCAACAACAGAUGGCCUGUGCCCAAGUUGCGUUGGCACUAUCCUACCUUCUCCCGCCAUCGCAAGAUAGAGCCACGUGGUCAAUAUAUAAAAUAUUAAUAAUUUAUAUCCAUGCCUAUCUAGUCUUGAACAUGUUGAAUUGGUUGCUAUCUACUAUGGGGUAGCUAAUGGCUUGAUUAGCUUGAACUCCUCGAUUGAACUCCUGUGUGUGGUGCAAGGGCAGAUCUGACAAAGCACUCUUGAACUCUACGAAGUUACAGAUUGAUUUGAUCUCUAUGAUCUAUAUGUUAUAUAUGUCUAUUUAUUUAGAAUUAUAUCA